AUGGCAAUAUCUCGAUUAGUUUUGGGCAAUUGGAAGGAGGCGAAUGAAAAAACUAAUGGAGAUGUAGAAGACAAACCAAACCAAUUAAAGGUUUGUGAUAUGUGGCAAGAUAUCCAGGGUGCCAACCAUUUGAAUGCAAUGCUGGAUCCCAUUAACCAACUUCUCAAAGCAGAGAUACUCAGAUAUGGUGAUUUUGCACAGCAAUGCUACGAUUCAUUUGACAACACGCCCUCUUCCACAUACUAUGGAAAUUGUAAGCGCAGCAAAAGCUCGCUCGCCCAGAGACUGGAGUUGCUAAAUUGUGGGCGUGGGUAUCAAGUUACCAAAUAUAUAUACGCUAAUACGAGUCUUUUGGACUCCAUUUUUGGCGAGGAAUCAAGUGAAGGCGUUGCCUGGAUAGGUUAUAUUGCAAUUUGCACUGACCCAGAUGAGAUAAAGAGAUUGGGAAGACGUGACAUAGUUGUUGCAUGGAGAGGCACGCAGACUCCUUUUGAAUGGAUGCGAAAUCUGAGAGACAUAUUGGUUCCUGUUAUGCCAUCAAAGGCUACAACAUGCUCCAACAUCCAAACCAUUUCAAAUCCAGAUGCCAGGAUAGAGAAGGUUUUCUCAGUUGUUAUACGGCCACCGACGAGGACUCUGUUAGAUGCAAGCUUAGUGCAAGGGACACUGUUGUGGAUCAUGGUGAACGAAUAUGGUGUGAGCUCAAUUCCCGUCAAAGUGUUUUCCUUCGCGUCUCCACGCGUAGGGAACCCGUCAUUUGCCCAACAUAUGGAAGAGAUUGGCGUCAACGUGCUGCGUGUGGUAAACCACAAGGACUUGGUUCCAAAAGUUCCAGGGAUUUUUUUCAACGAAAAGUUGGGAUGGCUGACAAGGCUUCUGCACUGGCUUCCCUGGGCAUAUGUUCAUGUGGGAGUAGAGAUUAGUAUAGAUAGCAGCAGAUCGGCUAUCCUAAAGGACAUGCAUAAUCCUGCAAAUUUCCACAACUUGGAGGUUUAUUUGCAUGCACUUGAUGGCUUUCAAGGAAAUAACAAGCUACCCUUUAAACCCUCGGGAAGAGAUCCAGCACUGGUUAACAAACACUCUGACUUAUUUGAUUGA